AAAGCUUAUGUACUUUGUACAAAUAAUUUGUCUGCUAUUAUACAAAAACAUUUAUCACAAGGAUGUAGAUACCAUUUUGAAUCUUCAAGGUAUUUUUAUAUACUUAUAGAAUUUACUUUUCAUGAUUUUUAAUUAUAUAAAUUGUCCUUAGUGAUUCUACAGAGUACUAUAAUGCUUUAUUGGUUGUAAGUCAUUGGGCAAAACUUUUGGUAAAGCAUCAAAAUAUAACUAUGGUUAAUAUGAUUUGUGCUUUACUUGGUUGUGAAAUAAACAAAAUAUUAAUUUUAUCCUAUCCAGAAGAUGUUUUAUCGAAAAGAUGGUGAAUGAAGAAGCAGUAGAAAAUAAUAAAAAAACUCAACCUGUAUUCAAAAAUCCAUCUUUCCACCAACAAUUUCGGCCAAUAAGCAAUACUGGGAAGAAAAGAACUUGGAGAUCUCUUAAACAGGUUUUGGCUCAGGAACGUAGUUUACCAUGGCCUACUGAAGUAGUACAUUAUAGUGCUAUCAAUGCACCGCCAAGUUUUAAACCUGCAAAGAAGUAUUCUGAUAUAUCUGGUCUGCCUGCACGGUAUACAGAUCCACAAACUAAGUUAUAUUAUGCAACUGCUGAAGAAUUUGCCACAGUUCGCAGCCUGCCAAUGGAUAUUACUGCCGGAUAUUUAGCAUUACGUGGUGCUUCUAGUAUCGUUGGUUAAGUAUUUUAAUUAAAUUGCAAGGAAUAUAUCAUUCUUUUUUAAAUUGUAUGUUUCAAUGUCCCUUUUUAAUCACAUAAAAUGUUGUACAUAUUUUAAAUGUCGUCAAUUUUAUAUAUUUAUAUAGAAAUUUUGCGUAAAUUUAGGAAAAGGCUAAUCAAAAUUUAUAAGGAAAGAAAACAUGCUUUCCAUCGAUCUGUUUUAAUCAUUAUUUACCUUUUAUUUAUUUUUAAUAACUAUUUAGCUUUGAUAUAUUAAUGGGCUGUACUGAAAUAAACAAUUCUUCAGACAA